CGGCCUAAACACACUCUUGACAUCUUCACAUCACAUUCUGUCAAGCACGUAACAGGGCCAUACCUAUCUCUCCAUCACUUCUCAAGAUCAAUUCUUCUUCUGUCUUGCAAGUCAAAAUGUCUCGCGGCGGCACUACUUUAUAUGUCACAGGCUUCAGCCACGGCACCCGCGCCCGCGACCUCGCCUACGAAUUCGAACGAUAUGGGCGUCUGGUUCGCUGCGACAUUCCUGCGCCGCGAUCAACCUCCAGCCGACUGUUCGCUUUCGUUGAGUACGAAGAUCGGCGUGAUGCCGACGAUGCGUAUCAUGAAAUGCAUAACAAACGCAUCGGCCGAGAUGACUUGUUGAAGAUCGAGUGGGCUCGAACGCCUCCGUCAGCUUCGUGGCGAUUUGAAUCUGGACGUGACCGUGAUCGUCGCGGACCUCGAUCUCCUCGUCGUGGACGAUCACCCUCUCCUCGACGUAGUACUCGUGACUAUUCCCCGAGGAAAGAAGAGCGUCGCGACCGCGACCGAGACUACGAUCGCGACAGCCGAAGAGAUCGCGACCGCUCUCGGAGUCCCGAGCAUCGUGACCGUGACCGCGAUAUGAAAGACGAGCGUGAUGAUCGUGACCGUAAGGAGAAUGGAGCCAACGGUGAUGAAAGGAAAGCUGAAAGUCCUCUCCCCGCCCAUGACGAUUUAGAUGUUGCUGAGUAGUAGAGGUCAUCAUUGUCGAAGCGCAUGACGGCAGUGGACUGAUGAGUCUCAUUUUUGUCCCUGUCCUUUCCGCCGGCGCCCUUUUCUCGCUUCAAUAAUUACUCCCAGUGCCCAGAUCAUCAGUGUUCGUCGAUCUAGGUACCAGUACGCAUGCGUUUCUUGUGGGAUAAUGGGAGACUCGGUGUCGCCGGAUCAGAGCCUAUGCUAGUUAUAAGGUGUUUGAAGAUGUGCCAGAAUGAGAUGUAAUAUUUUGGCGUUGUAACUAAUAGCUUCUUAGUAAUUAAAAGAAAUUGUAUCUGA